AUGGACAGAGUGGCAGGGUCCAUUCCCAGGCCUUCUGUUUCAUGGACUGACAGGGACCACAUCAGCCAGGCCAGUGGCGAGCGAGGAGAACCGGCCGGGAAAAAAGAUGACAAGAAAGACAAACCAGGGCAGAAUGACCUGGGCAAGGAGAUCGGACUGCUGUACGGAGGCUCGUUGGUCAUUAACGCCAUUAUCGGGCCGGGCAUAUUCGGGACCCCCAAGGGAGUUUUAGCUGGGGUUGGUUCAGUUGGCAUGAGUCUUGUAAUGUGGACGUUCUCCGGAAUGUUCAGCAUGUGUGCUGCCUUAUGUUUUGCUGAGCUCCGUGAAUCUGUCAAGCGGGAAGGAGUCGAAUACGCUUACAUCACCGAGGCUUUCGGUCCGGUAGCUGGGUUCGCCUACUCCUGGAUGAGAAUAGCCGCUGCUGAGCCCACAUCUACGGCCGUCUUUGCCCUGGCUUUCACCGAUUACGUGGCCGACGCUAUUUACGACGAUUGUGGGCCAUCAAAGCUUUUCUUGAAUGUUCUAGCCACAUUGACAGUGUUGAGCAUGUUUCUGGUGAACGUCAUGUCCAUGAAGCUAUCCGAGCGGCUCCAGAUGUUGUCCUCAGUGGGCAAAUUGUCGGCUAUCUCUGUCGUCGUCAUCAUGGGAGUCAAACGAAUGAUAGACGGUACGUUUUUUUUUUUUAAAAAUAUGUCUUGGUGA